AUGAAGUUUGGUAAACAACUUCGUUAUGAGUGUGUGUCGGAGUGGCGCACAAGUCAACAACAAGCAUCAUCAUCAUCACAAGUAGUUGAUAUCAAUGAUGAGAAUCAACCUCUACUUGGUGGACAUGCAAGCAAUGAUAUUCCAGCACCAUCUUCAACAUCAUCAUCAAUGUUGAGUCUGCCUGGUAGUGGUGUACCAGAUACUAUUGGAAUGAGGAGUGUUACACAUGCUCAACCAUCACCGGAGGAGAGGGAGCGACUAUUUAUCGCCAAGUUGGACGAAGAGAAGAACAAAGUCAACUCAUUCUACAUCCUAAAGGAGAAGGACUUGAUCCAACAUUACAACAAGUUGACCGAACAUGCAUCCAUGAUACUAAAGGACAAGACACCGAAUCCAAAGUUGUUAAAGGAUAUUAGGAGAGCAUUCCUCGAGUUGUACAAGGCAUUGACAAUGCUUGAGAACUAUGUCACAUUGAACUAUACAGGCUUCCAGAAGAUACUCAAGAAGUUUGAUCGUUUCUCAUCGACGGGAAACUUUCAAGAGAGCUACAUGGCCGACCUGGCACACGAACGAUUCCACUCUGACAAGACAUGGAAGAACAUGAAGCAUGAUGUAGAGCUGCUGUAUUGUAAACUAUUCAAAAUAGACAAGAUAGAGAAGGCAAAGAUGGUGCUGAGGCCAGUGUCCAGCUCGAAUACUGCGAGCUGGCAUAUGAUGAAGCUUGGACUGGCGAUUGGAAGUAUAUUCACAAGUCUGGCAUUGAUAAUUAUAUUGUUUGUCAAUGGUCCGAUGGUUGGCAAUCCGGAUUGGGACCGAUUCAUCUCGGUCGUGCCGAUAUUCCGUGGCGUCGGACUGCCCAUCCUGGCAGUGUGGCUGUGGGGCGUCAACGUCUACGUGUGGGAGAAGCAGCGCGUCAACCACAUACUGAUCUUUGGCUUUGACCCGCGCACAACGGUCGACCCGACCAGGAUCUUCAAGACGGCGUCCGUGCUGACGGGCAUCUGGAUCUUCACGUGGAUGCUGUUCUGCGGCACCAUCCUUGGCAACUUCUCCCAUCUGGGCAUCCCGGCGCAGGUGUACCCGCUGGCGCUGGUCAUCUUCUUCCUGCUCGUGGUCUUUUUCCCCUUCCGUCUGUUCCAUCGCAAGUCACGUCUGAUGUUGUUCACCAUCCUUGGCAACGUCAUGAUCACACCAUUUGGCAGUAUCAAAUUCCGUGCACUCUUCCUCGGUGAUGUACUCACCUCCAUGGUCAAGACCAUAUUCGAUUGGGAGUAUACUGCAUGUUAUUAUAUCACAGGUGAUUGGAAGGAGAAUUUUGGAGCAAGAUGUAAUCAUGUUAAUGCUAUUGCAUUGCCAAUCAUCUCUGGACUACCAUUGUUGUGGCGUCUGAUGCAAUGUAUGCUAUUAUACAAGGCCACAAGGAACAAGAUACAUCUAGGCAACACUGGAAAGUAUGCCUUUGGUUUCACCGUCGUCCUAUUCUCUGCAUUGAAUGGAAACUACCAAAAUUAUCCAGAACCAUGGACACCUGGAAGAGUGUUAUGGUGUGUAUGCUUCGUGUUGGCUACAUUGUAUAUGUACGUUUGGGAUGUGUUUGUAGAUUGGAGACUGAUGUGGCUGAAGUCACCGAGACCAAUGCUCAGGAAACACUUGAUCUACAAGAAGCACUUGUGGGUCUACUACUACGCAAUCAUCAGUGACUUCUUCCUGCGCUUUGCAUGGACACUCACGAUCACUCCACUUCAGUUCAAUAUUGGCAUCAACAACGAGCUGUUUGUGACGAUCCUGGCGACGGUCGAGCUCAUUCGUCGAUUCACCUGGGCGUCAUUCCGCGUGGAGAACGAACACGUACAGAACUCGCUCACCUAUCACGCAUUCGACAUGUCCGAAGUGCCUUGGAGUCAGGAGAUCAAUCCAAAGCGCGCAGGUGGUGCUGGCGGCAUACCAGUGCCACCCAGCAAGGCGGAGGUCGGUGGCGACGCCGACUUCACCACGGCCAGCUCGGAUAACUGGUCCAAAGCAGCCAGUCAGUACUAUUCAAAGAAGAGUUGGUUGGAUGUACUAUCCAACAGAUUCUUCAACAAGAAGAAGGGCAGUGGCAUAGUUCAACAACAAGACGAAGAUAUCGAUAACAAGGAGUACAACAUAAACGACUGA